AUGAGCAGCCAAGAAAAACUUCCAUGGCCUGUGACAAAGAAGAGAAAAUCCAAAAAAGAGAUUCCCGAAGAUAGCCAAGAAUGUAACUCUAAGCGAGUUAAAGUCACUGCAAAUGCAACGAGGGACUUGCUAAUUGCUACAAGAUCCGCUUUUAGUCGUUCUGCAGACCCGGCACGAAUGGUAGGCCGAGAAAUGGAACAUGCAGAAAUUACCAAAUUCCUACAAACAGCCAUUUCCGAUCACGUUUCUGGCCGUCUUUACAUAGCUGGAAGUCCCGGCACCGGGAAAACAGCACUAGUGCAUACAGUUUGUCGAGAAUUAAAAUUAAAAGAUAUUGAGGGUUUGCAGAUUGUUGAAAUUAAUUGUAAUACGAUACAACCGAAGAAUCUUUAUUUUGAAUUGGUUAAAAAGUUGUCAGGGAUGGAGAUAAAGAAACGGGUGAAUGCUCAGCGGGAAUUUGAAUCGCUUUUAAAGAAUAAUGAUAAAGGUGAUGAUAAUAAUUCUAGUGUUGUUGUUAUGGACGAGGUUGAUAAUCUCUUCGAAAAGGAUUCCAAUUUGAUAUAUAGUCUCUUUGAAUAUAGCGCGCUUGCUGAUGGGAAAAUGACCUUAAUCGCUAUUGCUAAUGAGAUUAAUCUUGAUAAGAGAUUACUUUCACGUUUGAGCGCAAAAAAUGUCACAGUAGAAUCAUUGACAUUCAAAUCGUACAAGCCAUCAGAAAUAUCAGCGAUUAUUGACGAUCGCUUGAAAUCAGUGGCUAUUAAUGGCGAAAAUUUAUUAAUUGAAUCACAGGCAGUCGAAUUAUGUGCUAGGAAAGUCGCGUCUGAAGGUGGUGACGCGCGACAAGCAAUGGAGCUUUGCAUGUUGGCCUUACAGAAUCUUGAUAAUAAGGAUCAUCAUGGCAAAAACGAUGAGAUUGGGAAAGUGACAUUGACCGAGAUGUCAAAGAUCCUAUCCAAUGCAUUCGUUACAAAUAAAACGGUUCAAAGACUUCGAGAAUUGUCAAUUCAUCAGCAAGCAAUGCUUUGCAGUUUGAUAUUGAUGAGAAGGAAUGGUAAUACUAGUACGACUCAAGCCAAACUAUUCACCUUCUAUCGGGGUUUAUGUAAAAAGCAUUCGGCUCCUCUUAUCAAUCAAGCCCAAUUUCCCGACCUAGUGACAGCUUGUGAAUCAAUUGGACUUUUGAAAUUUGGUCGAGCAAAGCGAAAUGAAGACCGAAAAAUAAUUACAGACAUUUUGGAGAGUGACUUAAGGGAGGCCAUAAAAGAUGUACCACAUGUCAAAAAUUUUCUUAAAUGA